AUGUAAACAAAGGAGCGCACAGUUGAACGGCAGCGACCCAGCCGAGGGUGAUACCUACUGGAUGUUCUUGUCUCGACGAACCCGUCCGGAUCAGAGGCUGACUGUGGGGAUAAAGCCACUCUGAAGCGAAUGAAGAAACAACUCAUCUUCCACUUCACGUACAGAGGAUUAGUAACGAGAGGAAAAAAGAGUAAAAGAAGAAAAUGGAGUAUAAAUUACGAAAAGCUGAACCCAGGGACGUGUCUGAUAUAUUACGACUGGUGAAGGAACUUGCAAAAUAUGAAGAGAUGGAGCACCAGGUGACACUGACUGAAAAAGAGCUUCUGGAGGAUGGAUUCGGUGAGACCCCGUUUUACCAAUGUAUCGUCGCUGAAAUCCAAGGAGACAACAGCAGUGAAGGUCUGAAGGUGGUGGGCUUUGCUAUGUACUACUUCACUUACGACCCCUGGGUUGGCAAACAGCUCUACCUGGAGGACUUCUAUGUGAUGGAGGCCUACAGAGGGCUCGGCAUCGGCUCGGAGUGCCUGCGGCAUCUCAGUAAGCUGGCGAUAAAGAUGCGCUGCAGCGGCAUGAUGUUCGUCGUCGCGGAGAACAACGAGCCGUCCAUCAAGUUCUACAAGCGGCGCGGUGCCGAGGAUCUCUCCCAGGACGAAGGCUGGAGGCUCUUCAAGUUCAGCAAGAACAGCCUCGUCAAGAUGGCAACUCCGGCGGAGGAAUGACUAGAGGUCCCGUCCGGAGCCCAGGAGGCUGCAGAGGAGACGCGAGAGUCCGAGCAGAGUUUAACCUCCUCGAUCUUUCUCCCCACUCAGACGGAGGAUGAGUCAUAGAUCAAGUUCAGCUUUUCAAAAAGGGGAAUUCUGUGUCACAGUUAUAUGAUUCUAUAUGUAGCUCACAAUCUGUAGUCAGCCUUCUUUACUUUACUGACAUUUUGAACUAUUAACAGUGUGUUUUAUUCUGAGAUUUAAUCUUCUGUUUUGGUUGAUUUGAUGUGCUGGAGGAGGCAAACGCUUUAGUUUCCAAUAAAACAAUAAUUAAUCAAG